AUAACGCAUACAUACAUACAUACAUACAUACAUACAUACAUACAUACGUAUAUACAUACAUAUAUACAUACAUACAUACAUAUAUACAUACGUACAUAGAUCGGAGUGAUGAAAAUUAAUCUAAUUAAUCGAGAUGGCUAAUAUCGGUUCGUCGAACCCUUUGCUUAUAAAUUUUUCAGGAUUCUUCGCUGGUCUUGGUUGGAGUGGUGAGGGUGUUGGGACACGUAGAACAUCCUCGAGGAAUAGCAGUGAGGAUGUACCAGCACCAUUGACCCCGCAGCGACGUGCCAGGCUCCAUUGUCCUGGACGACAUUCUGGAAGGAACAACAAUCGUCCAUUGGGUAGCAUACAAACGUCGGGCCACGAUCGUCGUCACAAUUGUUCGAGAUGCGGCAAGAGUUAUAAAAAUGCAUAUAUACUUAAGAGACACAUAUUGUACGAGUGCGGUAAGGCACCAUCAUUCAGUUGUCCCCAUUGCGCGUUUAGUUCAAAAUACGAAAGGAAUUUAAAGGCCCAUAUUAAUCAUCGUCAUGUCGACGUAGUACAGUCUGCCCAAUCGGCGGCCACUGCGCUCAAUCAAAGAGCCUGAAGAUCGUUUUUACGAUCAACUUUUCGUAUUUCCUUCCUUUAAAAGAAUCUUUUUUCUUUUUUUUUUUUUUUUUUUUUUCAUUUAUCCUCCUCGUCCUGUCCCAUCCUAUCCCGCCAUUUAAAACUCUCACCAUGACUUGCCAUGGCCCGUCAUCAUUUUUCCUUUUUUUUUGGUUUCAUUAUCUUCUCCUCGAUCUCUCUGUUUUGUCGACUGCGAUCACGAGAAGGAGGGAGGAGGGGAGAGAGAGAGAGAGAGAGAGAGAGAGAUUGAGAAAAAUUCUAAUACCAAAUUUUGUUUGUUUUACUUGUUUACUUUUUUGGUGCUUUUUUUGUUUUUGUUUUCUUUGUUUUUUUUUUUUUUGUCGACAACAAUGGUGCUCUGUUACAAUGUUAAAAGAGAAUUUGUGGGAAUACUUUCGCGAAUAUUUUCUUUUUUCUUUUUCCUCCCUAAAAUAUAUAUAUAUAUAUAUUUUUUUUUCCGAGUAGACUCCUAUUACGAUUUUCCAUUAACCUCCAUUCCUUUCUCUCAAUUUUAAUGAUAAUCAUAAAUCAUUCGAUAGCCAUCUGAUUAUCUUUCUGAUUAUUAUCUCGUUGUGCCAUACGACGAAGUCGUUAUAUCGAUAACAGGACGUUUUAAACGGGUAGCCGUAGCAACGUAUGUAUGUAUAAACAAAUGAUAUACCAGCAACAAUACCGAAUCAAUAUUGGAGAGGCUGAGAAAAAAAGAAAAUAAAAGAAAAAAAAAAAAAUGGGAAAAAAAAAGAAAAAGGAAAAGUGUUCUCGUUAAUAAAAGUAAAUGAAAAAAAGAAAAAAAAAAAUAAAUAAAUAAAAUAAAAUAAAAGUAGAAGAUAAAAUAAAAAAAAAAUAGAAAGAAAGAUAGAAAGAAAGGAAGGAAGGAAGAAAGGAAGAAAGAAAAAAAAAACAACUUAAGUAGCACUCUAUUGUGAGACAAUAUUAUAUAAUUAUAACUGCAAUUGCGGUUUAUUAUUCGCUUUUACUUUUGCUUUGUAAUCCGUUAUCAAAACGUAUACACAAACACACACACACACACACACACACACACACAUAUAUAUAUCUAUAUAAAUAUAUAAAUAUAAUAAGCAUUUGUGAAACAUUGUGAAAAAUAGAAAAAUCAGUGUGUCGAUGAGCGUAAACCGAAGGAGGAAGAAGGAAAAAAGAAAAGAAAAGAAAAAAAAAUUAAUAUUUGUAUUUUUGAAGACUCCGGGCGUAACAUCAAAUUUUAAUUUUGGGCUUGAAAUUACAAAAAAAAAAAAAAAAAAAGAAAAAAAGAAAAAAAAAAGAAAAAAGAAAGAAAGAAAAAAAAGAAAAGAAAAGAAAGAAGAAUAAUCAAAUGAAUAACUAAAAGUAUUUUUUGAUUUUGCCAAAAUUAUAUUAAGCUAUUUCUGAUAUUGUUAUUUUCGAAGAGCAUUUUAAAUAUCUACUUUAAUAUAUGGGGACAUAGAUAAAGAACGAAAAUCAUAGUUUGGGCCUUAUGAUAAAUACGGCCCACGACGGCCAACGAAGGAAGCAAAAGAAAUAAAAAGAAAAAGAAAAGGAAGAAAGAGAGAAGGAAAUAAAAAUGGAUAAUUAAAAUGAAAAUAGAAAAGAAAAGAAAAGAAAAGAAAAGAAAUCACAUGAAAAAGAAAAAAUGUAGCAGAUCCGCCACGAAAGACGUCAGACUUAGCAGCCAACCAAACUUGUUGUUGGAUAUUCAUUUUAAUGAGAUACAUAUUUAAGGCGUAUGAUCAAAUUGAUCGCAUUGUUGAAUAUUUUAAUAGACUCGAACGAGAAAAACCUGAGAGGAAAAGAAAGGUGCGAAACGCGUACGCUUAUCUUUUUCUUCUCUUUUUUUUUUUUUUUUUUUCAUUUUUUUUACUUUACUUCAUUUUGUCUUUUUCUUAUUACUUAUUUAUUUAUUUAUUCAUUUAUUUAUUUACUCACGGAGACAUAAAUGUGACGCGCGUUUGUUUUAUUUUUUGUUUCCUUUUUUUCUAUUUUCUUUUACUUUUUUUUCUUUCUUCGGAAGUGAUGAAAAAAUUAUUUCUAACUUUUGUAUAUUUAUUUGUCUAUUAAUUUAAUACUGAUUAUCUAGUCACGCUCGUUCACUAUCUCCGUAAAAUUUAUAUAUACAUAUAUAUAUAUAUAUAUUUUUUUUUUAAAUAUAGAUCGAAUAAGCCAAAAGUUCUGAAGCAAAUUAUAAAAAUCAAUUACUUUUUUACGGAAUUUCUAGGACUAAUUCUAUUUCAGAUUGUAAAAAAAAAAUUCUUAGGCUUGUAGUUUUUAAAGAUCUGACCAAAAAAAAAAAAGAAAAAAGAAAUUGAAAUCCUUGGAAUGUCACGAAAUAAGAUUAAUUGAUUUUUUAAAAACGCUUGGGUAUUUUAUGGCUUAUUCCUAGUCGCUUUAAUGGUUAAAAAAAAAAAAGCAUACUUAUGUAUGUAUAUAUUUACUUUUUCGUUCGUUUAAUGUGUUGUUUAACGUGAUUAAAAAGAAGAAAGAAAAAAAAAAAAUGAUGAUAUAAAAUUCGAUCGCCUUCUCGAAAAUCUCUUCGAGUCCAAAUAGAGAUUCUUAAAUUUUACGAGCGCCGAUUAUUUUUCUACUAAUACUAAGCGAUCGUUCACACAAACAGGCUCAAAACAACGAAUCCUGUUAUUAACACUAAUCCCCUGAUUUAUAGCUCUCUAGCAAAGCCGUAGCAUAAGAAAUUCUCAAGUGAAGAGAAAUUAAAAGAGAUUAAAAGAGAACAAAAAAAAGAAAAAAAAAAAAAAACCAAUAAAAAGAAAACUAAAUCAAAAAAAGAAGAAAAAAGAAAAUCAACGAAAAGAAGAAAAUAAAUCGAAUCAGUUGGGAGGAGGGCGGGAGGGGGUGGAGGACAGAGGAGGGAUUUACGAAGAUUUUCGAUUGGAAAAAUAAAAAGUAAAUUAAAAAAAAAAAAAAAAAUAAAAAGAAAAAAAAACAAUAAGAGUUACACGCCAAAUAGACCAAAAACGAUCUAAAAAAAAAAAAAAAGAAAGAAAAAAAGAAGAAAGAAAAACAAGAAGAAGGGAGAAGGAAGGAGAAAUUGACAAAAAAAAAUAUAUAUAUAUAUAAAUAAAUAAAUAAAUAAAUAAAUCUCAUUUUUUUGUUGUUCCGAGAGCAAACUCCAUGACAAAGGAAUUUUGAAUUAGCGAUCGUAUCUUUCGACUAAUUUUGUCGACUGAUAAUGAUCGAUUAUUAUACUUCUAAUUAAUUUCUAAUUAUAAAGUAGAGUCGUCUAGUCUAAAUAGCUGGCCUAAGCCGGCCACGACUUAUAUAAAAGUAGAUAUUGAAGAUAGAGAAUAUAUUUGAAUCAAAAAGUACAUAUACAUAUAUAUCUAUAUAUAUAUAUAAUAUACACGAUAAUAUAUAUGUAUAUAUGUACAUAUAUACCUUCAUAAAUAUAUAUGCAUAUAUAUACAUAUAUACAUGCAUAAAUGUAUAUGCAUAUAUAUAUAGGGUGGGAUUAUAACUUAGAUCAAAUGGGAUUACAACUGAGUUAUCUUCGUUCUUUUCCUGUUUUUUUUUUCUUUUUAGAAAUUUUUAACAAAAGACAUACGUUAUUAUGGAAGCCAUAAUUUAAUAGUUAUAAUUUUUAUGAAGGUCAACUUUGUUAUUUCUAAAGAGAAUCAUAUGUUUUUGAUUGCUAUACAACUUUUAUUUCCGAAAAUAUUCGCAUGUAAUUGAAAGAAGUAGCUAUUAAGUGAGACAAAAUUUAUUUUAUUGGAAAAAACGUAAUUUGUUUAUUAAUUAUUUAAUAAUUUAUGUAAAUUUAUAUAUUAGUCACAACCUGAAUUUUUUUAUUUCUUGGAAAAAAAAAAGUUAGAAUUUAGCUCGUAAGAAUUUGUUUAUAACAAAUUGUUUAUAACAAAUUGUUUAUUAUUUAUAAACAAUAAGCUGAAAAAAUGGAGAACAUUUUUCCCUUUAAAAUGAUAUUUCAUUUAAGUCUCUACGACUUUUAGUUCCGGAGAUAUUCCAAUUUAAAUGGAAGACAUUGAAAUUGACCCACUAACCUAUAUUUCAUUCAUAUCUACUCGGCGACACACUGACCUACAUAAGUUCCGAGAAUUUACGCGACCGUACUACUACUACUACUACUCUUACUACGAACAGCUGUGCUACGCGACUUAUGAAUGGAAAUCUUUCGAAGGCGAUAUCUUCGGAACGAAAAGUCGUAGAGACUUGAAACCAACGCCGUUUUCAAGCAUAAUUUAUCCUUUAUUUAUUUAAAUAUUGCAAUAAUAUCGUUAUAAUAAAAUCACUUUUGUUAAUAAUUAUUAAAAUUGAUAUUUUUCUUUUCUUUCGCAAUAGAAACGUAAUUAUAAUGAAAACAUCGAAAAUUUCAUUAUAAUCGUGUAAAUUUUAUUUUGUUUAUUUAAAAAAGAAAUAAAAGAUCUAUUAAUAAUAGCGAAUCUAUGAAAUUGAAGGAAGAAAAAUUCGUAAGAUCUUUGCUGUGAAUUAUCUCCUAAACUAAUAAUUUUUCGAUUUAUAUGGGUUAAUACUUUUUUAUAGAGAAUAUCAAACUACAUCAACUGGUGCAGUCAAAAAACAUAUGAUUCCAUUUUUAAAAAAUUCAGUUAACUUUCGUAUGUUCUUUAUAUUUCCAUGUACAAAAAAAAAAUUAUUAUUUUACUCCUAGUUAACUCUACGACUUUUCUAAACAAAA